UCCAACCGUGGGUGAUGACCUCAGGAGCGUGAAAAAUUAUUUUGAACUAAGCAAACUCGGUAAUAGUCAGAUUGUGUUCAUAUUCGGUUCGGGCAGCGGCAGCGGAUAGUGGUUCGCGAAUUUCAGAAUUUUAGAAUUUCAACAUUGUGAAGUGAACAAAAUAUUGGUUUUGAAUUGAUUUCCAAAACAAAAUUCUAAACGCACACACGUACCAAGUACACUGCGCUGGCUCCUAUUUAUUUAACAACUGUGUUAUUAAUUACCCGAUGAAAGAUCUAAAUUAGUGAAAAUAUUUAUUUCGGAGAAAACGUAGGUAAAUGUCGAAAGCAUUUCCGGUAGUCUGCCCUUUGAUUUAUUAUCCAUAAUUCGGUCUGAAUCUCCAUCGUCCCAAUAGUCAUAUAGAGCGGGACUCUAGGAAGCAAGUACGUUCAUAACAAAUUUAUAUACCUUCAGCUCAAAAUGAAUUUCUCGAAUUACGAUGAGAAAUUCAAUGCAACACCCAUUAUAGAUGCCCAACUUGAGGAACUUGUUACGGUUAUAGUGCCGGUGUUUUUUGGACUUAUUGCCAUCACAGGAUUUCUGGGCAAUAGUCUGGUGAUAUUUGUGGUGCUGGCCAAUCCGCAGAUGCGGUCCACCACCAAUUUGCUAAUUAUGAAUUUGGCCAUUGCGGAUCUAUUGUUUGUGAUAUUUUGCAUACCCUUUACGGCCAGCGAUUAUAUGUUUUACAUUUGGCCAUUUGGGGAAGCCUGGUGUUGUUUCGUUCAGUAUAUGAUUGUGGCAACAGUGAUGGUUAGUAUUUAUACGUUGGUGUUGAUGUCGGUGGAUCGAUUUUUGGCGGUUGUUCAUCCGAUAUGGUCGAGGGCGAUACGAACGGAGAAGACGACAAAAAUUGCCAUAUUCACAGUGUGGAGUGUGAUAGUUGUGGCAUCGGUGCCGGUAUUUUUUACACAUGCAUUAGAGGAUAUUCCGGACGAGCCCCAUCGAUGGCUGCUGUGCCGAUUUGAUUCGAAGAACGAUUAUAUCUCAUGGUCGACAUAUCACAUUACAUUCAUGAUUGCCUCCUACUUUCUGCCGCUGAUCAUAAUUAGCGGUCUGUACAUCCGGAUGAUAACGAGCCUGUGGCAGCAGGGCGCCGGGGUUAAGAUGUCCGAGGAGUCGCAGCGGGGCCGGAAACGCGUAACUCGGCUGGUGGUUGUGGUGGUUAUUGCAUUCGCCUCCCUCUGGCUUCCAAUACAGAUAAUUAUGGUUCUGAAGAGUUUCGAUUUGUACCAAGCCACUUCCACCUGGACGGUUAUUUUGCAAAUAAUCGCGCACUUGCUAGCGUAUACGAGCUCUUGUAUUAAUCCCGUGCUCUACGCUUUUCUAUCGGAAAAUUUCCGUAAAGCUUUUCAUAAGGCCGUCAAUUGCUCCCCCAGAUAUCAAAGUUGUAAUUCACAUCUACCACCGCCGAGAAGAACAUCAAAUGCUAGAACUUCAACAACAAGUAUGUGAAUAAUAUGUGAAGUGAAUUGAAAUUAAAAUUUAAAAAAAUAAAUUCAACAACUGAAUGUGGUUUUUGUUUGUAAAUAUUAAAACAUUAUUGUUUAUAUUUAAAAAAUAAAAUGUGAAAACAUCAUUACUUUUAUCACGUUUUGGUAUUUUUUGUUUUGUAAUGUGUGUCCUCUUUAACGCUCGCACAUAAGUGUACAAUAAUUUUAAGCAUUUUUU